AUGGCCGACUCCGCUCCCAAAGUUGCCGCUGAAGAGCGCAUCGAAGCGCCGGAUGUGAUCGAUCGAAAAGCCCAGACACUUGCAAACCAGAUAAAGAAAAGCAAACACUUCAUUGUUUUCACCGGUGCUGGCAUCUCCACGUCAGCAGGCAUUCCUGACUUUCGAGGCCCGGAUGGUGCCUGGACGCUUCUAGCUCAAGGAAGACAGCGAACUGGGAAAGUUGUUAGUACGCUGCAAGCUAUACCGACGCCUACACAUAUGGCGCUUAUAGAGCUGCAAAAUCAAGGUUUCCUCAAGUACCUUGUCAGCCAGAAUUGUGACGGGUUGCACAGGAAGAGCGGGAUGUUGCCGAGCUUCACGGUAACAGCAAUAUUGAGUCUUGCAAAGACUGCGGGAAAGAGUACCUUCGGGGUGAGUGUCGCCUUCUCAAGAAUCAUUAUAAGAUUACGCUCACACCCAAGAGACUUCCGCGCCGUAGCAACCUACGAGAAGACGGUCCACGAUCACCGCACUGGGCGGAAAUGUGCCCUUUGUGGCGGAGUGCUGCUGGACAGCAUCGUCAACUUCGGCGACUUUCUACCCGAAGCGCCUCUCCAAAACGCAGAAGACAACGCCAAAAAAUCUGAUCUUUGCCUUGUCCUCGGGUCCUCUAUCACGAUACCCCCAGCCUGCACAAUACCCGAAAUUGUAGGUAAAAAGAAAAGUGCUAAACUUGCCAUCUGCAACCUUCAAGAGACACCGCUAGAUUACCUUUCAACUAUGCGCAUUUAUGCCAAGUCUGAUGACUUGAUGAUCCGCGUCAUGGAGAAACUCAAUCUUUCUAUUCCGACGUUUAUUCUUCGUCGCCGUGUAGUUAUCGAUGUGGAGAUGAAGCAAGAUAAGCCGCGGUUGACAGUCUACGGUGUUGAUGUGGAUCUAACCCCCGCUACGUUCCUUAAAUCCGUCAAACUGAAAUACAACCGACGUAUAGUUCGGUCCGAGCCGUUUGUGUUCAACUUCCGUACUGGCUUAGAGUCCCCGUUGGAAUUAAAGUUCAAGCUCGAGUUUAUGGGGCAUUACGGCGAGCCUGAUUUGGAGAUUGCCUUCGAAUACAAUGAGAGCAAUACACAGGCUGUAUAUCUUCUCGAAUACAACCCUCAGAGUGGGGAGUGGAAGACGAUUAAGCAGAAAGGUCUUUCUGCGAGUGAAAAGGCACGAGGUGAUGUGGAGAUGGAAGGAAGCUCGGUAUUAGAGGAUGACUCUAUACCGGAGUUCAGAAUGCCUGUUUUAGUAUGA